GAUCGAGUCGCUCGAGCACGCGAGCGACCUCACCCGUUCGCUCGCCAACUUUGGCCAGGCGCUGCGCCCAGGCGGCACACUCUUCGUCGUCUCGGAGCCGGCUGCUUAGAAGCAGAGCGCGAGGACCUGCUCCGCACCGCCGCCACGGGGACGUGGUCGCACCACUUGGGUGCUCUCCACGCGUACUGGCGCCACUGGUGCGGGCCUCAGACGGCGGCGUGGGCACCGCCGGCCGACACCGCGCGGUGGCAGGCGGCGCUGGAGCAAGCCGGCCUCUCUUUGACGUCAACCGUCGACCUCGGCGAGGAGUACGGGCUGAGGCACCGUCCCUGGGCGACGCUGCUGCCGUGUUGGCUGCUGCUGCGAGCGGCGUACUUGCUCUCCCUGCCGCUGCCGCUGACCACGCCCGAGGCGUACCUGUCAAGCUACGUCGGCGGGCUGGCACGCGAGAUCUUGCUCCGCGACGGGGCGAUCGCCUACACCGCGUUGGAGGCGCGCCGCCCCUGACGGCCAUUACCCCUUUCGGCGUCGUCGCGCAUUGUGGUUGCUCGGCCCGGGCGGCGAGCACUGUUUAUUUUCCCUGACCUUAUCCUUACGGCGUACGGGAUUUUCGACUCAGAAUUCUUCUUUGUC